GACCGAGAAGAGCGGCCGCAAGCGCGGCAAGAGGAGCGAGGCAGCGGUCGAGAAUAGACGCAAGCAGCUCCAGUUCAAGCACGGCUUGAAGGAUACAGGCAAUAAGCUUCACGACCUCGCGUACAUCGAGGACCACCCCUCGGAGAAUUCGUCGGGAGCCAUCGAGGAGGCGAAGAAGGAGGUCCUAGAUCAGAUCAUAGACCUCGAGCGUACGAGGCAGGCGAUCGAGCGCAUGGGCGAGCAGAUCAGAGGCGCGUCGAGCGCAGGAGGAGCCGCUCAAGGUCUCGUCGACACCAAGGGGAUAGGCAAGCCCACGACGAUGGGCGACGAUCAGGAGAAGUUCGGAGCUUGGAAUCGCAAGAUGGAGAACUACGUGAUAGGAGGCGCACGGAGGAGUACAGAGCUGGAGACCAAGGUCCACCAGCUGUACGCGGCGCUGAUCAGCACGACGGCAGACGGCAGCGAGAGCAACGACCUCGUGACGGGCGCCCCCGACGGGAACGGUUUAGAGGCCUGGCGGAAGCUUCACCGCAGGUGGGACCCGACGACAGGUCCGAGGAAGAGGCUGAUCCUGAGGUCGAUCAUCUCGCCUCCGAAGUGCAACGCGGAAGAGCUGGGGUCCGCCUUAGAGAAGUGGAUCCAGCAGAUAGGCAAGUACGAACGCCGCCAAGGAGAAGACGGGCUGGCCGAGUUGCCGGAGGAUAUCAAGAUGGCGGCCCUCGAGAUGCUCGUGCCUCAGGACAUCGAGAACCACCUCGUACUCAACAAGCAUCGGCUCGUGACGUUCCAGGACAGCUUGAACGAGGUAAUGACGAUCGUAGAGGCUCGAACCGGCGUGAAGAUCAAGGCCGGCGGCAAGGCGGCAGGCAGCCUGGAGGAGGAGCCUGAAGCGGAGGUCGCCGCUCUGGACAUGGGCAGCUUGGACUGCCUGGAGCUCGCCAGCGGCAACGGCCGCGGCGUAGCUGCGGUCGACCUCUCCCCCUUCGUGCAGGACGACUGGAUGAAGUUCAACUGGGACAGCGGUGCAGCUGUCUCAGCAUUCCCGCGGAGCUUCGCGCCGCCGACGGGAAUGAAGGGCAACGGCAGCACGUAUCGCACGGCCAGUGGUGAGCUCGUCCCGGACGAGGGCAGCUUGCAGCUCAAGGCGGAGGACGAGUACGGAGUGCUACGAGCACUCAAGGGACGCGUGACGAACGUGCACAAGCCGUUGAUCUCGGUGGGGCAGGCAGCAGGAGCUGGACAGUGUUCAUUCCUGGGUCGCAAUGGCGGCUGGAUAUUCCACGAGGAGAGCCCAAUCGGCAAGCGCGUGGUAGGCAUGCUCGAGAAGGAGGCGAAGGCGGCGAAGCACCAGAUGCUGCCGGUCUAUCGCGAGCAGGGCGUCUACAAUUUCUACCUCAAGAAGGGCCAACAUGGCUCGGUUGCUCCUCUCGAGGAGGGACUUUCGGCGAAGUCGAAGUCCGAGCUGGUGGAGCUCCUCAGCGGCAAGUCGAAGGAGGAGCUGAUGGAGAUCCUCGAGAAGACAGACGACGAGACAGCGGUGCCGGUGGUCUCGUCCGACUACGCCUUCAUGGGCCAGGACGACGCGGACACCAUGCCGAUGCUGGUCCUUAGGGAUCGGCGCUCGAAGAUGAUGGCGGCGACAUUCGUGGAGAAGAAGGGCGACGACGCCUACGCCAUCAAGUUCUUCGCACGCUUCUUACGGAUCCUGGGCUACAGGAAGAUAGUCAACAAGUCCGACGGAGAGCCAGCGAUCCUGCUGGUCAAGAGGCGUGCGGUGGAGGAGGUUCCUGGCCUCGAGGCCAUUCCCCAGGAGUCGGCACCGGCCGACCAUCAGGCCAAUGGGGAGAUCGAGGUCAUGGUGCGCGAGAUCAAGAAGCAGGUGCGAGCGCUCAAGAUGGACCUGGAGUCCAAGCUGGGCGUCAAGGUGGAGGACAAGCACCCAGUGCUAGCGCACCUGCCGGAGCACGCCGCAUCGGUGAUCAACCGAUACUGGCGCGGCCAGGACGGCAAGACCGCUCUUCAGCGGCUCACGGGACGGCAGUGGAGGAAGCCGGUCCCGCUCUUCGGUGAGCGCCUGAUGGUGCGGUUCGCCGGGGAGCGCACGAGGAAGAACGCGCUGGAGGAGCAGUUGGUGGAGGCUCGCUACAUCGGCCACCACCCGCGCGACGGCUCGAUGAUGGUCAUCACGAGCGACGGUGUGAAGAAGGCGGUCGGCUUUCGCAGCCUGCCGCAGAGCGAGAAGAGGAUCACGGCGGGCUGGGACAGCCUGAAGGGCCUGCCGUGGGACGUGGCUCCGCGUGCGGCCAGCGCGCCGCGGGCCAUCGUCGGACCUGGAGAGGUCGGGCCGCCACCAAUUGUGGUGGUGUCGCCGCAGCCGCAGGCGCCGAGGAGGAUGUGCGUCCUCAAGGCGGACGUCGAGCGGCUGGGCGCAACGCCGGGAUGCCCAGGGUGCGUCUCGAUCGCCAAGCACGGCAAGGUGCUGGCUGGCCAUGCGCACAACGCGGUGUGCAGCAAGAGACUCUUCGAAGCGCUGGACGCUGAGGAGGCAGGCCGGGAGAGGACCGGCCAGUACCGAGAGCGGAGGCAGGGCCAAGAGGCCAGAGUCCGACCGGCGGCAGCGGCCGCGGCAGGGACCCCUCCGCCGAAGACGGCUCGGAGGAUCACCGAGCCGGUGGCAGCGGCGGCGUCGGCGCCGGCCGCGAGCCGAUCGGCAGCAGCGCCAGUUGCAGCGGCGCGCAUGCGAGAGAGCCAUCCGGGAGCAUCAGGCUCCGGCGUGGCGGCUCCUUCAGGAGGAGCGAGCUCCAGUUCGGGAGCAGUGAGAGCGGCAGAGGCCGCCGAGGAUGUCGACAUGACCGCGACCAGGUCGCGGCUGACGCGCUUGGCGGAGGUGGCCCCGGAUGACGUGCCGGAGGCCCUCGAGCGCGGUGAUCCACAGCCGGCAGACGUGCCGGUACCGGUGGACAUGGAGGAUCUCGCGGCGCAGCCGGCGCCAGCGGAAGGACCUCAGCUGCCGGCUGGAGUGGCAGUCGUGUGGAACGCCAGUGAGGGGAGACACAUGCGGGUGCUCGCUCUCGACGUGGCGUCGAUCGAGCUGGUCGAGCUCGGAGUGCUGACGAGGGCGAAGGCGGAGUUGCUCCCGCUCGUUCGCGAACAGGUCAGCGGCCAUUGGGCCAGUGUCGGCGUGGACAUCGCCGACGAAGAGGUGGACAGCAUCGCCUUGUCGGCGUUGCAGCUGGGCGCCGUGGACGUGGCAGAGGUGUACUCGCCACAUCGGUUCUCUGCUCGGGCGGCGGAGUUUCAGCUGCGCCCGGGCUUCGCGGCGGACCUGGAGGAACUCAAGGAGGACGGGACGCCAUGGGACUUGCGGCGACCCGAGGAUGUCAAGGAGCUCGAGGAGCAGCAGGAGCGGAUGGAUCCCAUCCUGCUCACGGGGUCCCCUCCAUGCGAGAAGUUCAGCUUGCUGAGGGGCCUGAGCGCCAAGUUCAGGACCGAUGAGCAGGAGGCGGCUGAAAUGGAGGAGGCCAGACACCACCUGAAGGUGGCAGUCGACGCCUACUGGCGUCAGCUCAGGAAGCCAGGCAGGUACUUCCUGCAUGAGCAUCCCUGGAGCGCGCGAUCGUGGAAAGAGGACAUCGUCAAGGAGCUGGUCGCGCAUCCAGGAGUCUUCACGGUCAAAGGCCCCAUGUGUCGGUGGGGCAUGAAGCUCACGAACCCACGCAGUGGCCAGGAGGAGUUCGUGCGCAAGGAGACCGGAUGGGUCACCAACCACCCAGGCUUAGCCCGGAGGCUGCGGGGCACUUGCAGCAAUGUGGACGGCCGCGCGGAGUGGCAUCGACACAUCACGCUCGUGGGCGGCAUCGCGCGGUUCGCGAAGGUCUAUCCACCGAAGUUGGUGGAGGCGGUGCUGGAGGAGCUCAAGGACACGCUGAAUGACGUGGGGGAGCUCAGCACCGCCCAGGUGCAGCAGUCGGGCCCAGUCCCUGUGGACGCGGCGGUGCCGCCCGGGGACUGGACGAGCUACUGGGACGACGUCAAUGGCGGCUACCUGGAGGCGGGCCUUGUGGCCCAGGCUCGCACGGUCGAGCGCGAGUGGGUCAAGAAGCAGGAGCUGAUCGAGAUCGUCCCGAGGUCUCAGGCUUUUGCCGAGACUGGGCGUCCGCCCAUCCCACUCAAGUGGGUCGACACGAACAAGGGCGACGCGGAGAGGCCCAACUACAGGAGCAGGCUCGUCGUGAAGGAGAUCAAGGCGAAGAAGCGCCCUGACGAGCAGCUGGAGGUGUCCGAGGUCUUCUCGGCAAUGCCUCCUCUGGAGGCCACGCGGUCGCUGGUCUCGCUGAUGGUCACGUGGACGCGGGAAGCGCCGCUCCACAUUCAGGAGUCGCUUCGCAAGAAGGGCAGGAAGCCGGGCAAUUUCAAGAUCGGCUUCUUCGACAUCAGCAGGGCGCACUUCUACGGGAAGGCGCAGCGGAGGAUCUUCGUGGAGCUGGAGGAGGAGAGUCGCAAGGAGUACGGCGAAGACAAGUGUGGCUUACUCCUCAAGUCCUGGUACGGCACGCAGGACGCCAGCAAGAUCUGGCAGGGCGACUACACGGAGCUGCUGGAGGAGGUGGACGAGACGAGGCUGCUGGGGCACGGCGACGACUUCGCGGUGCUGGCUCAGCAGCAGGACAUCGACAGCUUCGUGUUGUGA